AUGGGUCUUGCAUUGGAUGGGAAACAACCAGCACAAGAUGAAGAUGAUUUCACAAAAAAGGAUAAGGUUGAAAAACUUACCCCUGAACAACAAGAAGAAAAUUUUAAGAAAUAUGCCCAAAGAUUUGCUGAUUUGAUAGAGGCAAUUCAACUUCAACUGCGAGUCCAAUUUCGACAUAUGCGAAGCAUGGGUAUAACAGCUGGUGAUAUACCUUUUCAUACUGUAACAUAUGGAGAGGCAAAAGAAUAUGAAAGUUGGAUGAAUGCUACAAAAAUUUUACGAAAGAAGCUCGACAAAAUUAGUGUUGCUGCGGAUGGUUUACAAGAUUCAAAAAGCGAGUUGAUGGAA